CGUAGGACUUGAAGGAAGCGGGCAGGGCAGCGCGAAAAAAGAAAACAUAAGGUCCGACUGACUUUACUUGUUCGCUGGAUGUGUUUUGCUUUCCCGGUUUAUGUCUGCCUCGUUAAUUUUCGGAGCACUUGUAUGCAUGGCUUUCUGGCUUGAAUGGCGGAUAAUGUCAGCUAAAACCACUCCCUUUUAAAGGGUUAAUAAUGGAGACUCCCAAUUCAUUAAAGUCCAGACCAAUAUAUACAACACCAGAAGACAAGCUUACUUCUAGUGAACCACAAACCUCAACAAACAAGCAGACAUUGAGUGACACCCUUAGAGAGAGAUUAAGGAAAACCAGACGUUCCUUUGCAUCGCCAUUCUCUGUGGCGAAACGGCUUAAAAUUGAUGAUGAUGCUAAAGCGGAAGCUGUGUCUCCAGUUCCCAAUGGAAGUUCAGAGAAGAUGAGUGAUGAUAUUACUGGAGAGAAGGCUUCAUAUCACACUGUGAAGAAACAUAUAGCCUCCACAGAGCCACUGUCUGUUGACACAGACACUGCUGAAGUGAUUUCCUUGCAGCCCAGGUCUGUUUGCUUGCAAGCACUAGUUGAUCUGCCAGAAACGGAGCUUAAAAUGUUACGUGAUGCACUGAAGAAAGAAGUACAAGAGCAAGAAGAGACGCUUCGUAGACUGAACAUGGCGAAAAUGUAUAGAGCAAAGAAUGACUUGGAUGUGUUGCAGUGUCUGAUAAGUAAAUGGAGAUUAUGCAGCCAGUCAGUGCUGUAUGAGCUGCAGUCGGUUCUUCCUUCAGACAGCAGUAAGUUGAGUCUAACUCAGCUUAUUGAUGGCUUUGGACUCGAUGAUAAGAUACUGCACUAUGACAGAAUAAAGGAAGAGUUUCUGGAUAUGUAAUCUG